ACAGGUUGACGGGCUAUGGACGGUUGAGUUACAGGGCCAGCCAUGGGGCAAACACAACAGACAGAAAACAGUGACCAGAUUGAUGUCAAAGUGAUUCAGGGUAUGUAUAGAAAGUUUGUUAAGGAGUGCCCGAGUGGAGUACUUUUUCUGCACGAGUUCAAGCGCUUUUUUGGCGUGGCCCCGACAGGAGAGGCGUCGGAAUACGCCGAGAACAUGUUUCGAGCUUUCGACAGAAACGGGGACAAUACGAUUGAUUUCCUAGAGUUCGUGGCAGCACUGAACCUUGUUUUCCGGGGGGACCUGGAGCAUAAACUGCGCUGGUCAUUCAAGGUGUACGACAAAGAUGGCAAUGGCUUUGUGGACAGGGACGAACUAAAGUCAAUCAUUUAUACCCUCUAUCGGAUAAAGAAAGUCACAAAGACCGACAUUGGAGAAACGAAACUCACAGUAGACGAGGUUACCGAUCGAAUAUUAAGCGCCGUCGAUAGCGAUGGGGAUGGACAUAUAAGCAUGGAGGAGUUUAUUCAAGGUGCACAGCAGGACCCCUGGGUGCUCAACAUGUUGAAGUUGGAUAUGAACCCUGCUGGAUGGGUGCUGGAACAGCAGAGGAGGGCCCACGUCUGAAACGGCACCGGCCUUUUUUCAUUGGCUCAAAUCUAAGCAUUGAAUGUUCUAAAGGAAAAUAU